CCAUCCUUUAUAUUGAGCGAAACUGUCGCCGGGAAACUCACCUCAAUACCCGCUCUUCCCCUUUUUAAACCCUCGCCGCCGCCGUAACCGUCACACACACAGAGUAGCCAUGAAAGCUUCAAUCAAAUUUAGAGAUGAACAAAAGCCUCUGUUUCGAGCAAAAGUGCCUCUCAAUAUCCUUGGGUUCCCGUUUCAAUCAGGGAUUGUAGCCGGUGAAUCGAAAGAGCUCUCCUUGAAUCUCAGCACUUUCUUCGAAUCAGGUCCCUCGUUGAAGGUCGCUUAUCGUCCAAAUGAUUCCAUUAAUCCGUUUAGUCUCGUAUUCAAAACCGGAAUCGGCCAUUUCGGUUCGCCGAUUUCAAGCUCAUUGAACAUGAGCGCUGAAUUCAACUUGAUCGGAGGCAGUCAAAACCCUAGUUUUUUUGUUCACUUCAAACCUCAAUUCGGCGACUUCACUAUCAAAAAAGUUCAAUCAUCAGUGUUUAAGAAGCAAAUUAACGGUGUUAGCGGAGCUGCAGAGGAAGAUGCACCGGUGAUUGUUGAUCUGUUCGAAAACGGCAAGAAAUUUUCCAAUUCGCCGUUGGAAUCUCCAGCCGCCGGUCUAGUGAAGAGCGCCUUAUCCGACGUCGAAAUGACCGCCACGACGACCGUUCCGCUGAGGAAAAACGCUAUGCUGAAUUUCCGUUGGGGCGUUUGGCUCCCGGAGGCGGAAGACUCGGCGAUGAUGCUAAUGAAGAAGAACAACAAUUCAAUGCCUGGGAUUUCGUUUCAGAAGCUUCCAGUCUUGAUCAUAAACAAGAUCGGGAUCGAGCACAAAUCGGGUGCCGAUUGCAAGGAUUCAAGCAAGGUGGGACCGGCAACCACUGACGCGGCGGAGGCCUUUUUGGGCGUCAAGAAACAGCUGGAGAUCAUACAAACUGAAAAUGUGGGAUUAAAGAAAGCCAUGGAUAACUUGAAGAGUGAAUUUUCUGCCGUUAGAUUUAACGGCGGAGACGUCAAUGCUCGUUUUUGCGGGAAGGCUAUGGAGAAUGAGAUUGUGAAUGAAGAAUCGAAGAAGAAUGGUUUUAAGGGUAUCUCUGAUAAUUAAUAAAAGUUGCAGGUUUUGUUUAAAUAUUCUAGAUUUUUUGAAGUAUCUUGUGGUUCAUAAUGAAGGUCAUUCAUUCAUGUGGUAUUACUACCUUGAUUUUCUUGUGUAGUAUUUUUGAGUAAAUUUCAUGUCGUUUUUUGUUAAAUUAUAUGGUUUUGUGUUAAAUAA